AUGUUCUCCUCCAUUCCAAAUCAUAGCCCACCGAUGGCCUCGCGUGAAACUUCGGCAUUGAAGGACCAUAAAAGGGAGCUGGAUUAUUGCAGUCCUGGAGGUAUUGCAGGUUCCAGACAACACACAUAUUUUUUACUGCACUUUGACACCCAGGGAGCAACACUCCCCCCUCUUAGAGGUCCAAGUAUCCCUGGAGUCUCGUCUCAGCCACGGAUGCCCCCCAACCACUCCUAUAACCAGCACAUCAUGGCCCUCGCACCCAUUCCCACUGACAUCCCUCUUCCACACUCCUCCGACAAAGACCUUACUCAUGGACUGACUAUUGCCACUGCUACUGGCCAUGCUCCAGCUUCCUUUGUUGCUGGCUCUCGCCAUAUUGAGUGCAAAAAGAAUGAAGUUGUGUUACACUUCCCUUGGCUCAUUCAAGUUGACCAGAGUUUGGACCAAGACUGGUCCAAAGACCGAAAAAGACUGCAGUCUUGGUCUUUUCCAGUCCUGGUCCGGUCUUUUGAGGUUUUAGGAAUCGUGUGGACUGGUCUUGGUCUCGGUCUUUUCGUUUUGGGCCAAAAAACCGGACUGGACCGGACUUUCAAGCACUAUGAGAAACCCAUUGCGAAACGGGGGCGUUGCACUGGGGCAGGGAAUUAUACAGAAGGAGAUCUAUCCCAGCUCCUUGCUCUCAUUGAGGAUGAGCUUCCCAUUGGUCAACGAGGUUGGAAGAAGGUUCACGAGAGGUUCGCGAAGUGGGCAAAGAAAAACAAUCGACCAGAACGGGAUUGCAAAUCGAUUGAAACGAAGUACAAACAGCUGAUUAAACCGGGCAAACCGACAGGCUCUGGCAAGCGUCCUGAAACUGUCACCAAAGCACUGAAGAUUGAGCAGAUGAUCAAUGAGAGAGCUGGCACACGUGACCUUAACGACUCAGACUUUGAUAACACUGGUGAAGUCGAGAUCGUUGGAGGCCCUGUCACUAAUGACUCCACCUUGCACGCUGUUACUCCACGUCGCAUGCACACCAGUGCCCCCACCCUUGAGCUAGUUCAAACAUUGUCGAAGGCCUUCGACCUGGCCACCCAACAAAGCCACAAAGAAGAUCGUGCUUCUCGUUCCAUGCAAACAACCCAGUUCCUCACCAUCUCGCAACAGCUUCGCGAUGCCAAUGCAACCAUCGAAUCUCUGCGAAAUGAAGUGAGCCGCUUAUGCAAUAGGUUCCAUGAUGCAGAGCAGGCUCGCGAUUGUGCUGAGCUCAAACUUGAACUCAUGGGAAUGAACGCACCAGCCUCUGAGCACCGUGAGCACCAUACAUCCUCCUCGUCAUCGGAGAAGGAGAACAUUGAUCCCACCACUUCCGCAUAUACAAACUCUGGCCUUUCCGCUGUUCGAUCUCACAGCCGCUGGUCCUCAGGUGUAGACUUCACCCCUCCAACAUUCUUUUCCAGUGUACCAUUUUUGUCAACUCGAGAAACCCCUCCAGUUCCAUCUCCAUCUCACACUUCCCUGGUUGACAACAAUGGGCUUCUCGUCACACCUCAUCAUAACAGCAGCAGGAUCUCUUACAUAGUCAGCCCUGUCCAUGUACCUGGCCCCAAGGAUAACCUUUCGUAUUGUACCCAAUUGAAUAUUGUGUUGACUGCAUCAUAUCUAGUCAAAUUCCGGGAGCCUGUAUCCGACCAGCUAUACUUUGGGUACCAUGAGGAAAUGCCGCAUCUGCAACGACAUAAAAUCCAUCUGGCAUGUCCCUUUCUAACUUGCGAUAGAUUGGUUGCGCAACAUUGGAUUCCAGUGGCCCUCUUACCAGGCCAGAUUGGCUGGCAGAAUGCCCAGUCCACUGGAGUCCAGUCCAGUCCAGUCCAGUCCAGUCCACUGGACUCCCACUGGACUGCCAGCCACUUUCCUGAGUCCAGUCCCAGUCCAGUGGACUAUGAGUCCACAUGGUCACACUUCCGUGACCAUCCCAUUCCCUUCCACCACCACCACCACCACCCUUCACCACUCCCCUCCAACGCCGCCAACGCCAACGCCGCCCACGCCAACGCCAACGCCGCCAACGCCAACGCCAACGCCGCCAACGCCAACGCCAACGCCGCCAACGCCAACGCCGCCCACGCCAACGCCAACGCCGCCCACGCCAACGACGCCCGCGCCCACGCCAACGACGCUCAUGCCCACGCCAACGACGCCCACGCCAACGCACCAGCGGCACGCGACAACGAUGACGACACACGACGACGACGACGACACGCGAGGACGACGACGACGACUACAUGCGGGGACGACGACACACGACGACACACGACGACGACACGCGACGACGACGACACACGUCGACGACUACACGCGGGGACGACGACGACGACGACACGCGACGACGACUACACGUGGGGUCGACGACACACGACGACGACGACACGACGACACGCGACGACAACGACAACACGCGACAACAACGACAACAACGAACGAGCGCCCACGAAAACCCCAUCUCCACCACACCCGAAAAACGACACGCCCACGAAAAACGACGAGCGCCCACCACCGCCGACGCCAGCGCGGAACGGCGACGAGGGCCCAGCAGCACCACCCUUCCCCUCCACUCUCUCCCCCUAUCACUACCUCCUCUCUUCACCACUCCCACUCCCCUCCACUCUCUCCCCCCUUCACUCCCUCCCCCCCUUUCCCCCUCCCCCUCUCCUUGCUCCUCUCUCCCCCCCUCCCUUUCCUUCCCCCUUCCUUGCUCCCUCCCCCCUCUAUUCCUCUCUUCCCCCUCCCUUUCCCUCCCCCGCUCCCUUUCCCUCCCCCCCUCUCUUUCCCUUUCCCUUCCCCCUCCCUCCCCCCUCUGUAACAUAG